GCGGCUCCCCAGUGCCGGGGCUGCCGCGGAGCGCGGCGGAGGCAGCCGCGGCCAGGGCGGGAGGGACCGGCCGAGCCCCCCCCCCCCCCGUCCCUCCCCGACCCCAUCCCGGCCCGGUCCCUCCGGGGCUAGAUGAAGGGGAGCGCGGGCGGGAGCGUGGGGCAGCAUCGCCCGGGGAGCCGCGGUGGAGGAGGCAGCACCAUGGUCCGGCUGGGUGAGCUCCUGCGGCUCCUGACUCUGCUGAAGUUGCCCUGCUGCCUGCUGGAGCUGCUGCUCUCCGAGGUGGUCCAUGGGCAGGAGAUGUACGCGCCGCAUUCCAUCCGCCUGGAAGGGGACAUCACUCUGGGCGGCCUCUUCCCGGUCCAUGCCAAGGGCCCCCCGGGCGUGCCCUGCGGGGACAUCAAGAAGGAGAACGGCAUCCACAGGCUGGAGGCGAUGCUCUACGCCUUGGACCAGAUCAACAGCGACCCGGACCUGCUGCCCAACGUAACGCUGGGAGCUCGGAUCUUGGACACCUGCUCCCGAGACACCUACGCGCUGGAGCAGUCCCUCACCUUCGUCCAGGCUCUGAUCCAGAAGGACACCUCCGACGUGAGGUGCACCAACGGGGAGCCACCGGUGUUCGUCAAGCCGGAAAAAGUAGUUGGAGUGAUCGGAGCUUCGGGAAGUUCAGUGUCCAUUAUGGUGGCCAACAUCCUCCGGCUCUUCCAGAUCCCCCAGAUCAGUUACGCCUCGACCGCGCCGGAGCUGAGCGACGACAGGCGCUAUGACUUCUUCUCCCGGGUGGUGCCUCCUGACUCCUUCCAGGCACAGGCUAUGGUGGACAUUGUCAAGGCUUUGGGCUGGAAUUAUGUGUCCACCUUGGCAUCUGAAGGGAACUAUGGAGAAAAAGGAGUGGAGUCCUUCAUGCAAAUUUCCAGAGAGGCAGGCGGGCUCUGCAUCGCGCAGUCGCUGAAGAUCCCGCAGGAGCGCAAGGACAGGAGCAUCGACUUCGACAGGAUCAUCAGGCAGCUGCUGGAGACGCCCAACGCCAGAGCCGUCGUCACCUUCGCCAGCGACGAGGACAUCAGGCAAAUCCUGGCGGCGGCCAAGAGAGCAGAUCAAGUUGGCCACUUCCUCUGGGUGGGCUCGGACACGUGGGGCUCCAAGGUGAGCCCCCUGCUGCAGCAGGAGGACGUGGCAGAGGGAGCCAUCACCAUCCUGCCCAAGAGGGCCACCAUAGAGGGCUUCGACGCCUACUUCACGUCGCGCACGCUGGAGAACAACAGGAGGAACGUCUGGUUCGCGGAGUACUGGGAGGAGAACUUCAACUGCAAGCUGACCAUCAGCGGCUCCAAGAAGGAGGACACCGACCGCAAGUGCACCGGGCAGGAGCGGAUCGGGAAGGACUCUCCCUACGAGCAGGAGGGGAAGGUGCAGUUCGUCAUCGACGCCGUCUACGCCAUGGCCCACGCCCUGCACCACAUGAGCAGGGACCUCUGCGCCGACUACCCUGGGGUCUGCCCCGAGAUGGAGCACGCAGGGGGCAAGAGGCUGCUCAAGUACAUCCGCAGCGUCAACUUCAACGGCAGCGCCGGCACUCCGGUGGUGUUCAACAGGAACGGGGACGCGCCGGGGCGCUACGACAUCUUCCAGUUCCACAGCACCAACACCAGCAGCCCGGGCUACCGCCUGGUGGGACAGUGGGCAGACGACCUCCAGCUCAACGUCGAUGAGAUGCAGUGGGGCAGAGGCGUGCGCCAGGUCCCACCCUCGGUCUGCAGCCUGCCUUGCAAGCCGGGAGAGAGGAAGAAGAUGGUGAAGGGGAUGCCCUGCUGCUGGCACUGCGAGCUGUGCGACGGCUACCAGUACCAGGCGGACGAGGUGACCUGCCUGCUGUGCUCCUACAGCGAGCGGCCCAACGAGAACCGCACGGGCUGCCGCUCCAUCCCCAUCGUCAAGCUGGAGUGGCACUCACCCUGGGCCGUCAUCCCUGUCUUCCUGGCCAUGCUGGGCAUCGUGGCCACCAUCUUCGUCAUGGCCACCUUCAUCCGCUACAACGACACGCCCAUCGUGCGGGCGUCGGGCCGGGAGCUGAGCUACGUGCUGCUGACGGGCAUCUUCCUCUGCUACAUCAUCACCUUCCUGAUGAUCGCCAAGCCCGACGUGGUGGUCUGCUCCUUCCGCCGCGUCUUCCUGGGGCUGGGCAUGUGCAUCAGCUACGCCGCGCUGCUCACCAAGACCAACCGCAUCUACCGCAUCUUCGAGCAGGGCAAGAAGUCGGUGACGGCGCCGCGGCUGAUCAGCCCCAGCUCCCAGCUGGCCAUCGCCUCCAGCCUCAUCUCCCUGCAGCUGCUGGGCGUCCUGGUCUGGUUCGCCGUCGACCCCCCCAACAUCAUCGUCGAUUACGACGAGCAGAAGACUCUGAACCCCGAGCAGGCCAGGGGGGUGCUCAAGUGUGACAUUACGGAUCUGCAGAUCAUCUGCUCCCUGGGCUACAGCAUCCUGCUGAUGGUGACGUGUACUGUGUACGCCAUCAAGACGCGGGGGGUCCCCGAGAACUUUAACGAGGCCAAGCCCAUUGGAUUCACUAUGUACACUACCUGUAUAGUGUGGCUUGCCUUCAUCCCCAUAUUUUUUGGCACUGCCCAGUCAGCUGAAAAGCUCUACAUCCAAACCACCACCCUCACCAUAUCCAUGAACUUAAGUGCUUCAGUGGCCCUGGGGAUGCUGUACAUGCCGAAGGUCUACAUCAUCAUCUUCCACCCGGAGCUGAACGUGCAGAAGCGGAAGCGCAGCUUCAAGGCGGUGGUGACGGCAGCCACCAUGUCCUCGCGCCUCUCGCACAAGCCCAGCGACAGGCCCAACGGCGAGGCCAAGACGGAGCUCUGCGAGAGCAUGGACCCCAACAACUGCACCGCAGGCAGAAAGAGUGUUCAAAAGUCUGUCACUUGGUACACUCUGCCACCCACUGUAUAGCUUUGGCGCCUGCUGCCAAGGCCCUGCCGCCAAGAAGAAGUACGUCAGCUACAACAACCUGGUCAUCUAGCGGUGCCCCAGGGCUGCCCUGCUGGUGCACACCUGCCCCCGGGCUCACCUCCCCAGCGCCUGCGGGCGCAGCGACGAGGGCCUGGCGACGCCGCGGGACGGAGCGGGAGGAGCCCCGCCCGGGAGCUCCCACGGCUGCUCCCACACCUGCCCCUCACCGCCUGCCCGGCACCGGCGCCACCCUGGGAGCCGGCAGGGAGGCUGGCACGGGAGGCGCGGCGGGCAGCGGCGGAGCGGGCGGAGCUGCCUUCGAGCUUGCGAAGGACUUCUAAGGGGCUACUUUCCUCGUUCUGUUCUGUCUUUCUAUGUCCCUCCAGCCCGCAGGGGGCUCGGAGUCUUUUCUGUACAGUUUGUGAGGAGUUUCUUGCACCUCCCGUGACGGCGGCCAGGUGCCCGCUUCCGUGCCCUCGCCCCGCGGUGGCGCAGCGCCGGCGCCGCCCGGGCAGCUGGGAGGCCUGCGUGCGUGGUGUCUGCUGAACUGUUGCAUCUCUGCAAUCCAUAGACCUUAUUUUUUUUACCUAAACAGAGAAAAAAAUAAAGACAAAAAACACAAAAAAGAGAGAAUUUAAAGACCAAAAACUGUGCCGGCAGAGUUAGCCCCCCCAGCGCCCCUCCUGCGCCGCUCCGGACGGGCUGCAGAGGAAGCCGGAGGGCGCUGCGCUGGAGCGGCGGCGGCGCGCUCGGGGUGCAUGCAGCGGCGCUGCCGGUGCCCGCCGCCGCCCGGGCGCCUCCCCGCUGCCGCACCCCGGGCUCGCUGCGCCCCGACGGGACGCCCUCCCCGCUCACUGGGCUUGGCUCUGCCGUCGUCGCCAGGCUGUUGGGAGGAAGGACUUUGGCUCGUGGCUUUUGACAUGGCUGGAGGGUUGGGCGGGUUGGUUGUUGUGCUCGGGGUCUCUUUUCCGUUGUCGUGGGGGCGGGGGGGGUGGGCAGGGGGUUGUUUGGGUUCUUUUCGUUUCCUCUCGUGGGUGCCCCGCCACGGCUGAGCAGUGUGAACAAGGACUGAACCACAGCAUGUGUGUUUUCUACUGUUUGUAACUCGGUACUUUCGUUAAUCUUGCUGCUUAUGUGCCAAUUUAGUGGAAAAAAAGAGAAAAAACACACUAAAAAAAACCACCAACCCCCCCCCCACACACACACACAAACACCUCUUUGCUCCCCCCUCCCUCCCCACCCUCCCCACCCUGUGCUGCUACCCAAGAAUGUAUCAAUAAAGGAUUUUGGUUAACUUUU